CUCCACCCAUCCUCCACCCUCCCGCACCUAAAUAAAGACAUCCUCUCCUCCGCGUCACACCACCCACCGCACCAACACCCACACCCACCCACACCCGCCAACAUGGCCAAAUCCGCCCGCCGCGGUCCCAAGGUCAAGGCCUCAGCGACCUCCUCGACAAACACCUCGGGCACCUCGACACCCAACUCGCAAUCGGGCCCCAUCCCCCCGUUCACCAAAGCCCCUGAAUCCCUGAAACCAUUCCUCGAACCGUUCCCGCAACGCGAAGUCUACCUCGUCCACAUCGACACCGCGCCGGUGGACAUCAAAAAGCAAGCGUUCAUCGUACCAUGCGUGAUCAACGCCGCGAUCGUCGCCAUCCUCGCCUACCGGGUCUACAUGGUCCGCAACAUCUACCCAGCGAUGCUAGCCACCGUCGUCGGGAUGAACAGCUCCAUGAGCCUCGACACAUCAACAAUGGAAUGGGAAGAGAUCGCAAUGGUGGCCCUCCGUCGCAUCGGAACCGUUCUCCUCGACUACUUCCUCGUGACGGUGCUGUUUUCCUGGCCGAUCCGGUUCUGGUUCGGGCCGGUGCGAUGGCGUCGCACCGUCGGGUUCCGCGGCCACGAGAUCAUCGUCCGACGCAGCCAGCCCGACAUGACGCAGGGAUUGAAGCGUGAUCGCUGGAUCCGGGAAGACGAGGAAACGCGCGACAAGAUCGUCGCCGCCGUCACCCCGGAGCGCCUCAUGAAGACCGGAUAUCUGCUUGUCGACGCCGACUGGGACCUCGAUUACGAUGCCAUGAUCCACGCGCACGAGAUGGUCGCCGACCCCCACAAGUACGAGAAGAUCGGCCUGGACGAUUUCCGCACCGCCGUCAUCGUCAACACCGAUGCCCAUGGCUGGUUGAUCUGGCACGUCGGCGACGAGAACGAGGCCAUCAAUGCCACCACUCCCGGCCCGAAUCCCGGCCCCAGUACCCCCGAGGAGCCGGUCCGGUCCGCCCAGCGCGAUCAGAUCCUCGCGUUCAAGGAUAAGUUGACCGCCAUGGGCAAGGAGGACCUAUUCUUCCGCUGGGUCGAGCUGAUCCAGUAUGAGAGUACCCUGCCGGGCGGGUUCACGCCGGAGAGGCAGCGCUCGGCCAUGCUCCAGGUGCAAAAGCUUUUCGAAGAGAACGGAGUCAGCUUCUCGCAAUUCUGGGAGGACGUUGGAGGGUUGGAAGAGUUCACUGAACAGCUUGAUUAAUCCAUGUGCACAUGCACAUGCACAGGAAUCUUAUUUUUUUUUUUUUUCAUUUUACUUUCUACUCUUGUCUUUACUUAAACGACUAUCAUAAGGGCUUGAAUUACUGGAUGAGGCGGCGUCGGCGCCGUAUGGACUCGGAGUAGAUGGCAUAUUGCAGAUCAAUUUAUCUUGUCCUCGUUGUAACACCAUAACUACCAGC